AUCCGUGAGGAGGUAACAGGAUUCUCCGUGUUCAAACACAGUGGGCUGCUGGCCAUUAAUUUGCUUCCCCGGCUGUCAUUACAGACACUUCCCAAAUCAGAUACUGGCGGAAAACCGCCGGCUGGGUUUCACGGGCUCCGGCGGCGGUUCUCCCUGGGCCGCAGGGGCUCCACACCGUGCCCGGGCGGCGGGGGCUGCCCCGGGGCCGCCGCCCGGCACUCGCCAGCGGUGAGCGACCCCGCCGAGAAGCGAGAGCGGGACCCCGUGGCAGGGCUGCUGCCAGUCAUUACUUGGCAUCUAAAGUUUCAUUUACGUUUAUGAAGCUGUUGCUCAGAGCCAAGUAGGUACUGCGCUGCCUUCCCGUUAUCCUGCGGGCGGGAUUUAAAGCGCGCACACGGAGGUGCACCUUCAUCUCGCGAGUGGGGAUGUGAAGUACAUAGCUGGUAUUUGCACAAAUCGUGGGAGGCAAGCUGUAGCAGACAAGGGAGCGCCUUGGCCGAUUCGGGUUUAAGCACGAAGCCAUGCUAGAACAACUACUGAGCUAUAAAUUGAAGGGAAGAUAAUUUCUGCUUGUUGGGGAAAAAAACAGGUGAAUAACCUCCAUGGAAGACUCUCAGGAUCUAAGUGAACAGUCAGUAAAGAAACCGUGUACAGAGUCAGAUGCUUCAGAGCCACAGAAACCCAGGUCUAUGGAAAUGCAAGAUCUAGCCAGUCCUCAUAAUCUUGUUGGAAGCAGUGAUGCACCGGGUAGUUCCAAACUGGAUAAACCUAAUCUCAGUAGCACAUCAGUUACAACAAAUGGAACAGGAGGAGACAACAUGACUGUGUUAAAUACUGCAGACUGGUUGCUGAGUUGCAGUACUCCCUCUUCUGCAACAAGUAUGGGAGACUCUGUGUCUCUUCUUGCAGUCAAAACAGAACCCAUGAACAGCAGUGAAACAACAACAACAACUGGAGAUGGAUCGCUUGACACUUUUACUGGGUCAGUAAUAACAAGUAGUGGCUACAGCCCAAGAUCAGCGCACCAAUACUCUCCACAGAUAUAUCCCUCCAAGCCCUAUCCACACAUUCUUUCUACACCAGCAGCUCAAACAAUGUCUGCCUAUGCUGGACAAACCCAGUAUUCAGGAAUGCAGCAGCCAGCGGUCUAUACAGCGUACUCACAGACAGGACAGCCGUACAGCUUACCCACUUACGAUUUGGGUGUAAUGUUGCCAGGCAUCAAGACGGAAAGCGGGCUCUCGCAGACCCAAUCACCACUGCAGAGCGGGUGCCUCAGUUACAGCCCAGGGUUUUCCACCCCACAGCCAGGCCAAACACCCUACUCUUACCAGAUGCCAGGUUCUAGUUUUACACCAUCAUCCACUAUUUAUGCAAACAAUUCUGUUUCAAAUUCUACAAACUUCAGUAGUUCACAACAGGAUUAUCCAUCAUACACAGCUUUUGGCCAAAAUCAAUAUGCACAGUAUUACUCAGCAUCAACAUAUGGUGCAUAUAUGACCUCAAACAACACGGCUGAUGGCACUUCUUCAUCAUCAUCAACCUACCAGUUACAGGACUCUCUCUCUGGCCUGACUAGUCAACCAGGUACAGAUCUACAUUCAGGGGAGUUUGACACAGUGCAGAGCCCUUCCACGCCAAUCAAAGAUCUUGAUGAGAGAACAUGUAGAAGUUCUGGGUCAAAGUCUCGGGGUAGAGGGCGGAAGAAUAAUCCAUCACCCCCUCCGGACAGUGACUUGGAGCGUGUAUUUGUUUGGGAUUUGGAUGAAACAAUCAUAGUCUUUCAUUCGCUGCUAACAGGAUCCUAUGCACAGAAGUAUGGCAAGGAUCCACCAAUGGCAGUGACUCUUGGACUGCGAAUGGAAGAAAUGAUUUUUAAUCUUGCUGACACACAUUUAUUUUUUAAUGAUUUAGAGGAGUGUGAUCAAGUUCAUAUAGAUGAUGUUUCUUCUGAUGAUAAUGGACAAGACCUAAGUACCUACAGUUUUGCAACUGAUGGCUUCCAUGCAGCUGCAAGUAGUGCAAACCUUUGUCUGCCAACAGGUGUAAGAGGAGGGGUUGACUGGAUGAGGAAGCUGGCUUUCCGUUACAGAAGAGUAAAAGAGUUGUAUAAUACUUACAAGAACAACAUAGGAGGACUCCUGGGGCCCGCUAAAAGAGAUGCAUGGUUGCAAUUAAGAGCAGAGAUUGAAGCUCUGACAGACUCCUGGCUAACAAAUGCACUUAAAUCAUUAUCAAUUAUCAGCACAAGGAGUAACUGUGUAAAUGUGUUGGUAACAACAACCCAGCUUAUCCCAGCACUUGCAAAAGUUCUACUAUACAGUUUAGGAGGAGCUUUUCCUAUUGAAAAUAUUUACAGUGCAACCAAAAUAGGCAAAGAGAGCUGUUUUGAGCGUAUAGUGUCCAGAUUUGGCACUAACAUAACUUAUGUUGUGAUUGGAGAUGGACGAGAUGAGGAACAUGCAGCUAAUCAGCACAACAUGCCUUUCUGGAGGAUAUCCAGUCAUUCGGACCUCUUGGCUCUCCAUCAAGCACUGGAACUAGAGUAUUUGUAACUGUGUUCUAAAGUUGGCGAUCCUUUUUUUUUAUAUAUAUAUAUUUCAAGUACACUGAAUUUUUAUGUGUGAUUCAAUGCCUCUGGCUUUACACAUAUGAAUUGUCUUAAGGGAAGAAAUAUUUGGAAUUAAAAAUUCCAAAUUGAAGAAUUCAGAUUGCUGAAUGGAGUUAAAAAUUAGUGCUACAUAAGGAAGCUCUAUGGUCUUAUAUAUGCAACGUUUUUAAAUGAAUUGAAACUGUGGAGGUUGCUGAUACACACCAAGUGAGCCCUGACAGGAGUGAACAAAGGACUCGAACUGGCAAAGCACCAACACCCAUCUUCCAGCCAACAAGGUGGUGUUCAACAACAUUCCUCAAAAUGGGAUAUAUUCUCAGCACUGAGGUUUGAACCAGACUUUAGCCUACCUAACCCAGAAAAUCUGAAUUGGAAUGCACUCAGACUGUAUAAUGACAAUCCGUCUAGACCUGUAAUUUGUGUAAAUUAUUGAUGAAAAUAAUUUACUGUGACUUUAUUAGCAGCUGAUUUUGGAAGUGGAUGCAAUUUUUCUUUCUUUUUGGGGGGCGGGGGAGGGAGAGGGUUAUAUAAUAUUGUCUCUUUUAUAAGUUUGGCAAACAGAAUGUGCAUAAUGAUGUGUUGUGCCUUAAAGAGAAGACUGUGUUUGUGUGUUGUAAUGUAAUUUUGGUUAAAAACUAUGUAGAUAAACGAAAAAAAACCCAACCUUUGUGAUAAUUUUUGACAUGACCAAAUUUGAAAUUCAGAGAAAACGAAGAGCAGGGCUGCACUUAAAUGCUUUGGCAUUUAAGUAUUUGUUGCAGUAAGUAAAAAUAAUAAAGCAAAGUUUGUGUUUUUAUUUGGAUUCUGAAUAAUUCCACUGAUUGUUUGAGGAAAGUUAAGAGUGUUUGGAGGUUGAUACUGGGGACCGCUACCUUGAAAGCUAAAAAAACCUGUUCAACACCUUCAACAUCAUUUCUUGAUAGUCUGACAAGAGAACUAAGAGCCAUAUUCAUGAACAAGUUAUUCCACUGAAAGCCAUAUAGUGAGUACACCAGCUGUGCAAAACAGAACAAAUUUACACCCAGCAGAGUUUUCAGGUCGUAUUACUGGAAGGUGAAAAUGUGGAGUUAAGCCCAAAUAGGGAAUAAAACACAAGUUUGUGAGGAAUAAAAAAUUACUAAAGAUUCCCUCAGCAGUCAGAUGAACAAAUGAUACUACACUUAGCAUAUUCAUGAUCAACACAAGUUGCUGAAAUUGCUGGCAUAAUAACACCAGCCAUUUCAGGAGCGCAGUCCACUUUGGUAAAUACAGCAGCAUUUCGGUAACUUUUCCAUUCUGUUUCACAUUUAUGUGUCUUCCAUUUGGGGUCAAUGGGAUUUUCCUCACCCAUUUUUGAUUGCACGACAGGAUUACACAGGAACAACCCUAAAUGUUUUUUGAAUCAGAUAUUACAAUAGCAUGUCAGGCAGCUGAGCAGAUGGUAAGGUAGAGAUUUUUAUGAAGAAAUACUGGGAAAUAUAGUAACUAAAUUUUCAUAAUUUCUAUUAAAAAUUACAGUCCAUACCAUGAUAAUUACCUUGCGACUUUUGAAUGUGCUACCUUCCAACUUUGGAAAAUGAGCAAGGUCUAUAUUGCACACAGGGGCUCCGUGUGCAGCUUGAGCACUCUGAAACAACAGCAAGUUGUUUGUCUCUCAUGGCAGAAAAUGGAAACUGCUUUUUGUACAUGGAGACACCUGAGGUUGCCUUUUCUCUGACCGUGUGAAGAGGUGUGUGCAAGAGAAGAUGUUAGAUGUAAACUCCAGGAUGCCUACACAAGCACAGUAGUCAGCACUGAGGUGAAGAUCUUCCCUCUCUGUGCUGUGAAGCCACCAUAUGUCUAGUUACCAGGUAGUAACUUCAUUAAACUUGUAGGUUAUAUGAAAGUUAGUUGGUAGGUGAAAGCCUGGAGCCACUAAAAGUACAAGGCAAAAAUAAAUUCAUAAAAAUGGGAUUUCUUUGAUGUACUGGAAUUGGAUAUGCAAGUCACCACACAACAAACUGAUUAUAAUUAAUUAUCAUGGGGCAGUUUAAAGCCAUCACAUGACACUUGCCAUGUAUGAAAUCGUUACCUAUUAACUAUUUGGGUGAAGGAUUUGCAUAUCUAAAAGGUAAACAUGAGGCAUACCUUCUUUGUAUUUACAGUGCCCAUCUAGUCAAGUUUGUUCUGGAAGUUCAUUUUUCAUAAAAAGCUGUAGUACCAGUAUGUUGUAGUUUUUCAAGUGGGAAAAAAGUGUUGCUACUGGAAUAAGAAAAAAGUUCAAACAAAGCCCUUCUCAACUUCCAGCAUCGUAACACUGCAUGAGAAUCUUUCUCUUUUUUUUUCCUUUUUGACAAGUCAUAGUGUUAUUUAAAUGCAUGAAGCAAUUUUGUUUCUCUAAAUUUAAUUUGUUCAGCUUGUUCAGCUUUCAGUAUUCUUUUCCUAAUUAUAUGUAAGAACAAAAAAUAGCCCAGCAACCACUGUCAGUUCUCAUAAAAGGUUUGCAGUGCGUUUGUUGGAGUUGUGCUUAGAUCUCUGUGGCUCAGUUAAUCUACUGGACUCCUAGGGAGGAGAGGGAGGCAAAAGCGGGGGAAGUUUUGCAGAGCAUGACAAAGUUCUGCCACGAUAGCAGAAGUUAACUAUAAAAAUAAUUGACAAAAACUUACAUCCAAAGAAAAUUCAAGGAUUUAGCUCAAAAGCCUUCUUCACAAUACUAGAAUUAUAAAAGAAAAUUUCAGAGUACAAGUAAUUUCCCGCUAAGCAAAUGGUGUACACUCCUUCCUUUUACAGAGAAAUUGCUCUGAUUGAUACAUUUUCCUGCAUGAACAAUACAGAGGAGAAAAUAACCAAGGCAGAGACAUAGUCACGCCAGACUGUUCCAGAUAGGCCUAAGUGGAUUAAAUGGAAGGCUGGUCAUUUUGACAUUGAGUGCAUUUUAAUUCAACAGCAUAUUAGUCAGAGACUGACGUCCUUUCAGCGUCUCUCAACAAUGAAGUCUGAACACAAUGUCAUGUUUCCAAGUAUUUUGGGCAAAUGAAGUAUAAAAUAUAAUGCCUUUUGCUGAUACUCUAGCAGUUCUCAGUCAGUUACAGAACUUGACCACUCAUUAGGCAUUUGAGUAGUCAGCUUGCAGAAUACAAAUACUGUGUGAUAGCAGUCACAAAAUAGUACCUUAAGUUGAUAUCACUCUGCGCAGUUCAGUAUAACAGUAAAAGGGCAGGAAAAGCUAAAAGUUUUGCUUAUUUUUAGAUGCCUGUUGAGAUUGUGCACAAAGAUACAGGCAGCAAUUAGCUCCCAGAUCUGUGUCCAUUAGAACCCAGUGUGAGAAGUAGUGUUUGCAUCUAAAGCAGUUGUGGAGUAUGUUCCAGUGCAAGCACUGACAAGGGAGAUGAGGCCAAAUCAAAAUCCUGUAUACAAGUAUACUUCAUCUCAGGGCAGAUGAAGUCCUGCAGCCAAACAGAACUGCAGAGUUUAUGGAGAAUAUGGACUUGGCCCAUGAUACAAAGACUAGAUUUUAGCUGUGAGGUUGUAUCCAGAUAUAGGGUUUAGGUUCAAAAAUCGUCUCUGCUUUACAGGAUUGACACCAGGCAUAUGCUCUAAAUGAGUAUGGUAUUUAGUAUCUCUGAAGAGGAGCUGAACUGACACGAGCCAAAAUCCCAGCAAUAGCAGCAUUUUGGAGGUAUAAUUGAAACCAAGGGUCUCUGUCUUGUAUUAGCAGAUUAUAGUUUAUUAGGGCCUACAUAAUUUAAGAAAAUGUAAAUUAAAAAGCUUGUAAAAUUAUGUACAACUUUACUAUUUCUCAAUAAAUACACUUGGAAAUGUCAUUUUCUGCACUAUA